ACGUUGACGAGCCCAGCCCCCUCGCCCGGUUCCGAGCCGCCGACCUUGGAAAGUUUGGGGGUCGCUUUCGGUCUUCGAUGCGAAAGGUUUUCCGUGAGAUCGGGGGUGUGAACGGAGGCAGUUCAGCGCCGGCCGGCCGGCAGGGCAGAGGGGGAGGAAGGGAAGGUGGCCUUGAAUCUGCAGGUUCAUAUCUGAGGGAAACAGAAGCGCGACUUUUAAACUACAGCGAUAGUUUCAUGUGAUGGUAAUCAUCCGGUGACACCCUGGCUGCUCAGGGUUUCGGGAUCCCUGUCACUCUGAGACGUUCUCGCCAAAGCUCACCCAGAAUAAGGUAUCUGGCUUCUUGUGGCAUUCUAAUGAACAGAGUUCCUACACUCAAGACACCAAGACAUUGCCUUGCACAACAACGAAAUUUCUUCAACAUUGCUGGCCCCCUAAUAAAUAAGAAGAAAGAGUAUUCUGAGAGACGAGUAAUGGGGUUUUCCAUGCUGGAAAUGUACAAUGUUGUCUCUGGUGUUUCUGACUACAAGCACUUUGUACCAUGGUGCAAGAAAUCAGAUGUCAUAUCUAAACGUUCAGGAUAUGCUAAAGCUCAAUUAGAAGUAGGAUUUCCACCAAUAGUUGAACGAUACACUUCAGUUGUGACCCUGGUACGACCACAUUUAGUUAAGGCCUCUUGUACAGAUGGGAGACUAUUUAAUCAUUUGGAGACAAAUUGGCGAUUCAGCCCUGGAGUUCCUGGAUAUCCAAGGACCUGCACUGUGGACUUUUCGAUUUCUUUUGAAUUCCGUUCUUUGCUGCACUCUCAGCUUGCCACUAUGUUUUUUGAUGAAGUCGUUAAACAGAUGGUAGCAGCAUUUGAAAGAAGAGCAAAGAAAUUGUAUGGCCCAGAAACCAACAUCCCACGAGAACUUAUGCUUCAUGAGGUGCAUCACACGUAAAUAAAAGCUGGAAGGAACUGUUGUAGGUCCCCUUCUUGAAAGUUGUAUAGAUUUAUUUAUUAGUGUGGCACAUUUCCACUUCUGCAAAUGUGGCAGUGACUUUCAUUACCUACUUGUAACACUUGAUUUUAUAAUAAGAGCACUGUAACUUUAUUGGAAAGGCUUUUUGACAGUGUUACAUGCCGAACACAGAUGCAAGUAUACAUGUAUAUAAAGUGCAAAUAAUUCAGUUGUAACUAAAUGUAAUUUUUCCACAUGUUGUGCAUUAUUAAGCUGGACUGGCUGCAAUAAUUGUGCAGAUGGGGAAGGCAGCCAAGUCUCGCGUGUUUUAGGCCAUUCAGGUGAUGUGAGUAGUGUGUGAUUUGUGUCAAACACUAAUUCCUGUAUGUCUAAUACUCUCUAAAGGCAGACAGUGUUGAUAUUUUCAUAAUUUUUUUAAAAAUUGAUGCCUUUUUACUAUAUUUAUCCUCAUCUUUCUCUUAACAUAGCUGAGAUGGGUCCAUCUGUGAUUUUCAAUAGUUAUAAAAAUGGAAAUCAAUGGUCAAAUCAAGGCAUCAGAUAAAUUAAUAUCACUUAAGUUAAAAGACCUAGGUAAAAGUUUGGGCUUUUACACAUCUUUGUAAAAGUGUAACACAUACUGUCAUUUCCUGUUUUUUCAGCUGUAGCCAGAUUAGAAUUGUUCCUUGCUCUGUGGUAGAGAACCAAAAGCUUGUGAUAACAUUUGGGUAUAAAGAGCCUCUUGUGCUGCUACAGUGAAAUCACUUACUGAGCAACUUCAUAAAUGGAUGAGAAGUUUAUCAUAACUCCAGGUGGACAAUGUGAGCAAAGUACUUCCAGCAAUUAUGAUUCUCUUCAUGACAUAGUGAGGGAGGAAGUAUACUCUGCAAACAGUGAAUUCAUUGAAAUUCAAACCAUGCAUGGUUAUUUGUUCUAAAAUUUUUUACUGUAUGGUUUUAAUUAUGCAUUAAUUCAUGAAGAGCUAGGGAAGCAAACAAACUAUCCCAUACUGAAAUCACAAAACAUAAGGUAACGAUCUGCUUUUAUUUAAGGCAAUGUUACAUGAUAUCUUGUACUGUACUGGAUGGCAUACAGAUCAGUCAUUUCACAGAAAACCUCCCUUGAUCAUUUGUUACCUGUGCCUUUAAAAAAAUCAUCAGCACAAUACUGUUACAAUAAAAUCAAUAAGUAAUGUCUUCACAUUCAGUACCUCCAGGAAUGUACAAAUGUUGAUUUUAUUCAGAAUACAAAAUAAAUUACAAUUCUUAGCACUGACAA